AUGGAGUACAAUAACAAUAACAAUAACAACAAUAGUAAUAGAAGGUAUAACAAGAGUUAUAACAAUUACAACAACAACAACAACAACAAUAACAAUAACUACAACAAUAACUACAACAAUAAUAAUAAAAGAAGAUAUAAUAACAGAAGGGAUAAUGCUGAUGCUGGUAAUGCUAGAAAGUCUGAUGGUCCAAAAAGAGAAGCCAUUUUGGAUCUUGCCAAGUAUAAGGACCAGCAAAUAAGAGUGAAAUUCAUUGGUGGAAGACAGGUAAUUGGUACAUUGAAAGGGUACGAUCAAUUGAUGAACUUGGUGCUUGAUGACGUUGAGGAAACUUUGAGAGACCCAGAAGACGAUACUGUGCUUUUGAAAGAUCAAACCAGAAAGCUCGGCCAAGUGGUGGUUAGAGGCCCAUUGUUAUUGACAAUUUCUCCGGUAGAUGGAAGUGAGAUCAUUGAUAAUCCAUUUGUUAAUGAAGAACUUAAAGAAGAUGAAUAA